AUGGUUUUUUUCGAAACUUGUGGACCUAAUGAAGCUCUUGUUAUUUCUGGAUGCGGUUAUCGUAAACCUUUGUUGAUACCCGGAGGGAGAGCUUUCGUAUGGCCCGGCGUCCAACAAUGUCAGAAAAUUUCAUUGAAUACAAUGACAUUACAAGUGGAUAGCCCGAAGGUGUACACUUGUGAAGGAGUACCGAUCUCUGUAACUGGUAUUGCGCAAGUUAAAAUUCAAGGGCAAAAUAAGGAAAUGCUCGCUACAGCAUGUGAACAAUUUCUUGGAAAAAAAGAUGCUGAAAUUCGGCAAAUUGCUUUGCUCACAUUAGAAGGCCACCAGCGGGCGAUUAUGGGGACCAUGACAGUGGAAGAAAUCUAUAAAGAUAGGAAAAAGUUCAGUAAACAAGUGUUUGAAGUUGCAUCAUCUGAUCUUGUCAAUAUGGGGAUCACAGUUAUUUCCUACACUUUGAAAGAUGUCAGUGAUGACCAAGGAUAUUUAAUGAGUCUGGGCAUGGCUAGGACAGCAGAAGUGAAGCGUGAUGCGAGAAUGGGUGAAGCUGAGGCUAGGAGGGAUGCCAAAAUCAAAGAAGCUUAUGCAGAACAGCAGCGAAUGGAAUCCAGAUUUUUGAAUGAUGCUGAAAUAGCCAAAGCUCAACGAGAUUUUGAAUUGAAAAAAGCAGCAUAUGAUACUGAAAUUUUCACAAAACGUGCUGAAGCUGAACUGGCAUAUGAAUUACAGGCAGCAAAAACGAGACAGAGGAUUAAAGAGGAACAGAUGCAAAUUAAAGUUGUUGAAAGAGGCCAGGAAAUAGCUGUACAGGAUCAGGAAAUUCAACGCAAAGAAAGGGAAUUGGAGGCUACUGUACGUAAGCCUGCCGAAGCAGAAAAAUUCAAGUUGGAAACACUAGCUGAGGCUCACAAGAAGCGUGUUGUUCUUGAAGCUGAGGCUGAAGCAGAAGCAGUGAAGAUAAGGGGAGAAGCAGAAGCUUUUGCAAUUGAAGCAAAGGCAAAAGCAGAGGCAGAGCAAAUGGCAAAGAAAGCUGAUGCAUGGAAGGAAUAUGAAAAAGCUGCUAUGAUUGACAUGCUUUUGAACACCAUACCUAAGGUAGCUGCUGAAGUUUCUGCUCCAAUAUCAAAAGCCAAAAAGAUAACUAUGGUGUCUUCAGGGAAUGGAGAUGUUGGUGCAUCUAAACUCACAUCAGAGGUUCUUGAUAUUGUUUCAAAAGUACCAGAAGUGGUGAAAAAUAUCACUGGUGUUGACAUUGUGAGAUCUGUACAAGCAGCAUAA